AUGCCUACUCUUAUUGUAACUGUUGUGAAUGGUAGUAACUUGACCGCAAAGGACAUUACUGGUACCUCGGAUCCCUAUGUCAUUGUACGUAUGGGUGGUACUAGACAUAGAACUCAAACGAGACGUGGAACUAAUAAUCCUUUCUGGGGUGAACAAUUCACCUUGAUGGUUAUGGAUCCAAUGAAAGAUUCGGUCACUUUUGAUGUGUAUGAUAAAGACUUGAUUACCAAGGAUGACUUACUCGGAUCUGCUAUGGUGCAACUCAAUUCUCUCAGAAGAGGAGUUCCAGAACGAAUGAAUUUGAACUUGAUGGGUGCCAAACAAGGAACUCUUACUGUUGAAUUAUUGGCUCAAGAUUUUGGUUUAGUAGGACAACCCAUGAUGACUCAACCAAUGAUGACCCAACCAGUAAUGAGUCAACCAAUGAUGGUUCAACAACCAAUGAUGCAAACCUAUGGUGUGACUGGCUAUACACCAACCAUGACUACAUCAUACCCUUCUUAUGGUGUUCCAAUGCAACCUAUGCAGCCAGUGAUGCAACCCAUGCAGCCAAUGCAACCAAUGCAACCAAUGCAACCCAUGCAACAAUCUACAACAUACACUACAACAACUUAUCAAACAGGAGUUCCUCCACCACAAGGAUAUCCACCUUAUGGCCAACCAGGUUAUCCUCCAUAUGGCGGUGGUGGCUUCUAUUAA